AUCAAAAUUGAGUUUGAUAAAAUAAGCACAAACAACUCCAUGUAUAACGUUAGUUAGCUUAUAGUUGGUGACCCAUCCAUUCAUCUAAUGCACCAAAUAUCCUCCAUAUCAAUUCCAUUUCCACCCUCUCACACCCUUCUUCACCGGAAUCACCACCACCGUCGCCGGAAUCCUCCACAACUCCGAUGGAAUCCACCAUCAAAAUCAUCAGAAAAUCAAUCCACACUUUCCUUCUCCACUACCAUUACUUCACAUCCACUGCCUUUUUAGCCCUCCCAUUCUCCAUUUCAAUCCUCAUCUCCUGUUCCCUCCUCCCUGAUUCCCUUUCCAUCCAUUCCCGCCUCCGGUCACUCUUCGACGCAGCCGGAUUCCCCCCGGAAUCCGAAUUCUUUUCCAUUCUCAAUCUCAGACUCUCCCAAACCAUAUCCUCUUCAAUUCUAGUCCUACCCUUUUCCCUCUCAUUUCUUUUAAUAGCAAAAGCAAUAGUAAUCCAAUCCUUCAACACCCUCCACCAUCCAAUUCCAUCGCUCACCGGAAUCUUCAAUUCCAUCUUCCAAACACAAAUUUGGAACACUUUAAUCAUCAUCUCAGCAAAUGCCACUUGCUUUUGGGUCCUUUUCAUAGCUUUCAACUGCUUAGAAAACCUCCAUAUCCCCUCAUUGUUGUUUACUAUCAUUGGCGGAAUCGUGUAUUCCAUUGUUAUUACAAAUGCAAUGAUCACAUGCAACCUGGCUUUAAUUCUCUCCGGAAUGGAAAUGAGUGGUGGGUUUAUCUCCAUUCUCAAAGCAUGUGUGAUGAUCAGAGGAAGAACAUCUAUCGCUCUUUCGUUAUCAAUUCCGGUGAACAUGGCGUUGGCCGGAAUUGAAUUCCUGUUCCAGUUCCGGGUGAUCAAGGCUUAUUCCGAUUCCGGGGUGAGUCAACUUGGUUCAAGCAUGGUGUUAGAGGGGUUAUUCAUUGCUUAUUUGUACUCUAUUCUCAUCAUAAUUGAUGUCAUAAUUGGGUGUGUGUUCUUCAAGAGCUGCAAAAUCGCUUACGAUCGGAAUCGGAAUGCUGCUGAUGAAGAAGCAGGCAGGAUUAUAGAAGAAGAGGCUGAAUUGGUAAAAUGUUUAGCAAAAAAUCUUUCUUGAUUUUUUUUUUUUUUUUUUUUUUUUUUUGUGAUUGAGGAUUUGGAUUGAAAACAUAGGGUGAGAAUGAGUUGAUAAACUCUCAUCUGGAUUUAAUUCAUCUAGUAUAUAGUUUACAAACUGAAUAUAAAACAAUGUACACUUCGUCGGAUUCGGUAUAAUAAUGGUUGAAAGAAUUUACGUCGUGUAA